UUCAAACACACACGUACCAAACAGUCUAUGACACGGACACACAUGAACAAGCACACGCUCAUAAUAUAAUACAAUAAGGGCAUCUUAACUAUAUAUAUUUUAAAACACUAGAAAACAGGUGGUCGGGAAGUUCCCGUAAAAUGUGUGGAAGAACUGCGUGUACUCUUGCUCCUGACGAGGUGAGCCGAGCCUGCUCCUACAGAAACCGAGGAGGGCAGCGUAGACAGCCCCGCUGGAGGGAUGGAGAUGCGGACAAAUACCACCCCUCUUACAACAAGAGCCCACAGUCUAUGAGUCCCGUCCUGCUUUCCCAGAGGCAUUUUGAUAAGAAUGCUCCGGUUGAUGAGUGUGUGUUGGCCUCCAUGCGUUGGGGCCUGGUACCUGCCUGGUUCAAGGAGAAUGACCCGAGCAAGAUGCAAUACAGCACCAACAACUGCCGCAGUGAGAAUAUAUUGGAGAAAAAAACAUACAAGGACCCUCUGAUAAAAGGGCAGCGCUGUGUGAUCCUGGCUGAUGGCUUUUAUGAGUGGAGGAGGAAGGAAAAAGACAAGCAGCCUUUCUUCAUAUACUUCCCUCAGGCUCAGGGAACCAGUCAUGAGAAAACCGAGGAUCACCCCACAAGCCCAGCUUGCAAUAAGGGAGGAGAAGCACCAGGUGAGUGGACUGGAUGGAAGUUGCUGACUAUGGCUGGACUGUUUGACUCCUGGACACCUCCAGGUGGUGGAGAACCCCUUUACACAUACAGUGUAAUCACUGUUAAUGCUUCCCCAAGCCUGGAAAGCAUCCAUGAUAGAAUGCCAGCAAUCCUGGAUGGAGAGGAAGAAGUGAGAAGAUGGCUGGAUUUUGGAGAUGUGAAGUCUCUAGAUGCCUUGAAACUGCUCCAGUCUAAAAACACUUUGACUUUUCAUCCUGUCUCUCAGCUAGUAAACAACUCCCGCAACAACUCUCCAGAGUGCCUUCAGCCAGUUGAUCUCAAAAGCAAAAAGGAGCCCAAGCCCACAGCCAGCAGUAAGAUGAUGAUGAGCUGGCUGACAAGCAGCACACCUUCAAAGAGGAAGGAGCCCAACACAUGUGGGAGUAAAGAAGAGAGCGAAAGCAAAAAGGUUCAGUGCAAGUCUACAGGAGCACUUCAGCACUGGCUUCAGGGAGCUAAUAAGAAACCAAGAGACAAAUGAAGAUAUGAACUGGGACUAAAAACUCUGCAGUGUUUAAAAGAGCAUUUAGGCAUUUUUAUUCCAUUACUAUUUUGACAGUUUUUGAAAAACGUAUGCUUUUGCUUAGUCAUUUUUAAAUGCAAUAAAAAAAAAAUGCUACACAGAUACUUAUACAAUAUUUAAAAUUAUCAAUAAAUGUCAGAAAUAAACACAGCAUGCUUUAUU